CUGAAAGAAUCAGGAAUAUUCAGUCGGCUCAGGUUUUCCAUUCUGGAUUUGAAGAAAUCGUUGUUCCUUUGAGCAGUUUUACUGACCCUGGAUCAGUUUUUGGUGUAGAAAUCAGUAUUUUAAUCCAUCAGUGAUCAAGAUCAGUGCUGCGGCAAUGCAUCAGUUUAUUUUGGUCAUAUUUUCACUGCUAGUCUUUACUGGGCUGCAGGUGAGCGUUGAGUCCACAGAAAUUCGUUCUGAGCAGAGCACCAACAGAUGUUACGUAUUGGAGCAGACUGUGUCAAAUGGAGGAGGAUGGGGGACGUGGGGUCACACUGAAAUGUGUCCAACUGGAACAUUCGCCGCAGGGUUUAGUCUAAGGGUGGAAGAUCAUGUUGGUGAAGGGGAUGAUACUGCACUCAACGGGAUUCGCCUUCACUGUGUUAGCAUAUUACGCAUGGAACACACUCACGCCUCAGUUCAGUCAGACGCAGGCGGCUACUUAUUAUCAGAAAAUAAAGCCUGAGAUCUGAUCAGGACCUCAACACAAAGCAGAGGCCGACUGUACAUCAUCUAAAGAACAGGCACAUUUCCAAAAACUUGAAUUCAAGCAUCAAAGCAUGAGAAGAGUCUUUACAAUAAAUAAUUUAAUGAUUUCUGUAAACCCACUGAAUAUCAAAAUAAAAAAUGCAUUAAAUGAAAA